CGCAACCCAACAACAACUCCGUUCCGUUGCCGUUUUUUUUUCUCUCUCUCUGCCCCGCGUGUCCGAUUUGGCACCUGCCGCCGCGUUCCUCUCGCUUCCUCCCUUCCCUCCACCACCGGAUUCCCAAGACGAUCCCGCUCGCUCGCUCGCUCCCCCGCCCCGCCGCAGCCAACCCGCUAAUGCGCCUGGCGCUCGCCUCCGCUGCCAGAUCGGCAUCGGCUUCCGGCGGUCCCAUUCGUUCCGUUGCGGCGGCGGCGGCGGCGGCCCCACCACCGCCGGCUCCGGCCGCGGGGCGACCUCGCUCGGCGAUACAGGCGUUCUCGCGCUGAUUGAUCCUUUUUUUGGGUGGUGGGUGUAGAAUCAUAUUCACCGUGUUCUCUUGAUGCCUCCCAGCGGCCCUCGUUGCUCGAGAACGAACGGGGCCAGGGUCUAGAUUAGCGAUGACUGGUUCAGCGUUUCGAGAUACAGCAGUUGGCGUUUCAGAGCCAAGUGGAAGGAGGACAUUGUUCGUGGAUCGACGCUUCGCUGUUCAAGAAGGAGCUUGUGGUACAACCGCCAUCCGUUUGCUUUGCUUUGGAUGAAUAGCCAAGCUGGGUCCAGUUAUCAGGAUCUGACUAAAAUUCUUGGUCUUAGUAGGUUUGACUCCAAGAACCUUAGUGCGGGUCUGACUCUGAAAUGUGAUAUGGAUCCGACACGUCGGGUGCAUAGGAGGACCAUGUCCUCCGAGAAUGGACUUAGACCAGCUGAAAAUUCAUGUGACAAUCUGCAAGAUACGUCUACUGUCUGCGAAAGCCCGCAUUCUGGAAAAGUCAAAUUCAUGUGUAGCUUUGGUGGCAAAAUCCUGCCUAGGCCGAGCGAUGGGAUGCUCAGAUAUGUAGGCGGGGAAACACGUCUCAUCUCGAUACACAGAAACUUCUCGUGGAAGGAACUUGUGCAUAGAACCCUCUCGGUAUAUAGUCAGCCUCACAUCAUCAAGUAUCAGCUUCCUGAUGAGGACCUUGAUGCACUUAUAUCUCUUUCGUGUGACGAGGAUCUUCAGAAUAUGAUGGAAGAAUACUACAGUCUAGAAAAGGCAAAUGCCUCACCAAGACUUCGCAUAUUUCUUGUCUCUCUAACUGAAUGUGAGGAUCCAUUGUUAGAAGCAAGAAGCUUAGAGAGUGAACCAGAAUAUCAUUUUGUUGUUGCUGUGAACAAUAUGUCGCCACUGAAGCAUACCAUCAGUGGCAACAAUUUUAUGAGCCAAUUGAGCCAACAGCUGGAUAGCUCCCCACUCCCUUGCAGAGACUCAACUGUCUGCCAAACAGAUAUAGAAAGUGGAGAUAAAGUUUUGGCUGGAAGUGGAACAGCCACAAAUGAGCCUUACUCUCAGUUUUUUCUUGCUCCAUACUCGCAACAAAUGAUGGCCGAGUCAGCAGCAACUUCCUCCCCAAGCUCAAGUCAACAGAGGACCACAAAACAGUCUGGGCUGUGGAUGUCUGCAGACAAACCAGCAACGAACCAAGAACAUGAGAGCAAAAAUGAAGUUUGCAAUGGAUCAAAUCUGGAAACCAUGCUUCCAGACCAUCAAGAUAAGAAGCAAAACGAUGUAGAUUCGGGUGUGGAAUUUGGAUCACCCAUGCACUAUGUUCAAACUCAAAGGCAGGUACAAGAUUUGGGUAUACCUCAAAAUCUGAGUGACCUGAGUUCACAUACAAACUAUGAUAUGUUUACUCGAAUGGAAAAGCCCUUUUAUUCUGAAAAGGUCCCUAUGCACCCGGACAGUGCUAGUUGGGUAUCUGGGCUGCAUGAAUACCCUGGCCAAAUUUAUGGCAUGCCUCAUGCCUUCUCUGAUCCUUUGCUGAAUGAUCGCACUGAAGUACCUGCAUCCAAUUUGUCAUUAACUAUUGGUUCCUACAUAGCCCCAUCAUUUUCCCAGAAGAUAUCUCAAGCUAAUGAGCUGGAGAGAACAAUAAGCGGGUCUAGGCCAGAUCUUGUAUGUGUUGAUCCACCUAAAAUUGCUCAAGUGGAUGAACCAAAUUACCUUGUUUCUAGUCGUAUUGAUCAGCGGUAUGAUCAAGGAGUUACUGGUGCAGACAGUUUGGGGGCAGCAGUAUAUUACCAGCAAGACAGUUUGUCUCGUAAUAUGGUACAAACAGGCCAUGAUGGUCGUCCCAUCGUUCAACAGCAGGGCAAGCUUUAUCAUCAGGAGAACAGCACAGGUCCAAGUGUUGCUCCCCAGUGCACUUCUGUUGAUACAAGGUUCACUUUGUUCCAUGCACGUGGUGCAAGGUUGUCCUCAAAUGAGUUAGAUGCUCUAGAAAGCUCAGGUGUGACGUCGAUGCUUGCUACUGAUAAUUCUCACUCACAUCUUCUUGAUGGAUGCUCUAAUGGAUCUCUACCAAAUUCUGGUCGUGGAUGUCUAGAAAAACUGAACUCAGAGUGUGUUGUUACAGAUUAUGAAACUGCUGGUUAUGUGCAUGGUAAUGAUAAAGUUACUAUUGGAUCCCAUAUAAUGCUGCCUAUUGACCCUUUUGAAGCUUUUGCACCUCAAAGAACAGCAGCAAAUGGAGCAUCCGGUGCAUAUCAAAACGAAACUUUUGAUCAGCCGUUGGUGCAAAGCUCUGGUUUGACUACCUCUCCGCCUAUUGACCUAUGUAAUGCUGAUUUGAGCGUAAACAUGCAUGGCAAUGGCACGGGCACCUUCAAGGAUAGUGUUUCGAGGAGAGAGAUUCCUCUUCUUAAUCAUCACAAUGUUGCCUGUGGUGAUUUAGGAGUAACUGGAUUUGAUCACACCACUAUCAAUAAUGAGAACAUGAAUAUGAAGGGCAGAAUGCAUAAUGAUGCUCAAAUGGAGGCACUUGUUAUAGUUGAGGACAUGACUGAUAAUAUGCCUUCUGUUAUUUCAUCAUCCAGACCAAUUCCUCAGGUUGGAGUGGUAGCUGAAGAAUGGCAAGAUGCAAUUAUUUCAUCAAAGAAGGAUGAUGAUGCUAGGAGCAAUGGGCCAGAGCUAGCUAAUGAGGAUCAUGAUGAUAAAGGAGCCGCAGAUGGGCCCAUUAGUGAAGCUGAGAUUGCUGAACUUGAAGCCAGCAUGUAUGGCUUGCAGAUCAUAAGAAAUGCUGACCUUGAGGAGCUACGUGAACUGGGAUCUGGCACAUUUGGAACAGUAUACCAUGGAAAGUGGCGAGGAACAGAUGUUGCUAUCAAACGUAUUAAGAAAAGCUGUUUUGCUGGGAGAUCAUCUGAACAAGAAAAACUUACCAAAGACUUUUGGCGGGAGGCACAAAUUCUUUCAAAGCUGCAUCAUCCAAAUGUUGUUGCUUUCUAUGGUGUGGUUCCUGAUGGAACUGGAGGAACAUUAGCAACUGUGGCAGAAUUCAUGGUGAAUGGAUCACUAAGGAAUGUUCUUUUAAGGAAGGACAGAACGCUUGAUCGUCGGAGAAAACUCAUCAUUGCUAUGGAUGCGGCAUUUGGGAUGGAAUAUCUGCACUCCAAAAGCAUAGUCCAUUUUGAUUUGAAAUGUGACAACUUACUCGUUAAUUUGAGAGAUCCUCAGAGGCCAAUCUGCAAGGUGGGAGACUUUGGAUUGUCAAGAAUUAAGCGCAACACUUUGGUUUCUGGUGGUGUACGGGGCACCCUUCCAUGGAUGGCACCAGAGCUGUUGAAUGGUAGCAGCAGUCGAGUGUCUGAGAAGGUGGACGUAUUCUCUUUCGGGAUAGUGUUAUGGGAAAUCUUGACUGGCGAGGAACCAUACGCAAAUAUGCAUUGUGGUGCUAUCAUAGGGGGUAUUGUGAACAACUCUCUCCGGCCUCCGAUACCUGAAACCUGCGAGCCUGAAUGGCGAAGCCUGAUGGAGCAAUGCUGGUCGGCCAAUCCAGAUGUGCGACCCUCAUUCACCAAGGUGACAGACAGGUUAAGGGCCAUGUCAGCGACGCUUCAGUCAAGGGGGCAGAGUCCAGGAAGAAGAUGAAGCGAAAUAUUUGCCAGCAAGGAGAUGGAUCAGAUCAUUCCCCACUGGCUCCUACAUGUGCAUAGAUAGAGUAUAUACUACACGUACAUAACAUGUAUUUAUUGGCAACGGUGUGUAUUCUAUUCCAAUGUAUCUAUGCUUAUUUUUUGACCACCUUUUUUUAGGGUUUCUGAAGUAAUGGCAUGUAUAUCUAUCUGAGUUGAACAUGUACUCGCAGGCUUCUUCUGGCCUCAGUCACGUUUAUUGCAAAAAAAAAUUGUGUAGGUCGUGAACUUGUGACGGUCUGCUUAGACCAAUCAAGCUUUUUUGUGGUGCCUUUGGUUGUAAAAUAUGGCAUUGUAAGUAUAUAGCAGGACUGGCAAAAGUACAUUGGCUU